AUCUAUAAUAAAUAACCAUGCCUUUUUGUAUACCUUAUAGAUAGGUUAUGCCAAACAACACGAAUGAACCGAAUCGAAGUAAGUCGAGCAUUGCAAAAUCGAUUCGAGUCGAGUAGAAUCGAAUCGAACCGAAAUGAGUCAACCAAUUAGCUCACGAAUAAAACAAAAAAAUUAUUGAUAUCAAUUGUAAGACAUAAGAGAAAACAAUUUUUAUCAUCGAGUGUUGUAUAAUUAGAAAUUUACAUAUUACGAUUAUCGAUGUAGUGGCGUAUGUAAAAAGAACUCAUUUGUAAAAUAUAUGCCAUGUAUUUUGUUACAGAUCUACUAGAGUUUUUCAAAAUAUAGGUUAUUUUAUCGCGUUAACACGAAUAGUUUGUUUAUCGUAGUCCAUUGUAUUGUCGCAAUAUUGUACAAAGUGCAAUAACAGUGUUCAUUUAUCUAAAUAACAGAAUUUUUUUAAUAUUGUCAUGUGCGAUAUUAUAUUACUUUUUACAUAUAGUUUAUAAUUCGGUGACAAUAGAUUAUGUCUGACGAAAAAAUAUUGAAAACGAACAUGGAAACGAACUCGUCUUCCAGAGAAGCUACGACGCAACAAGUAAACAAUGUGGAAAUGCCAUCACGAUCUAGAGGUGGUCGAGGUUCGAGACAAAGAGCAGUGGACAACAUAACCAAAAAAUUUCUUCGAAAUUUUGAUCCUGAACGUAGCGAAAGAGAAAAACGUAAAUUACACCGUCGUUUGUAUCAAGGAAGUAAACGUCACACCUUGUACAAUGAUGAAGGUAUUUGGGUUAUAACUGGAGACGAUUUAUGCGAUUGUUUAAGUUUGGAAUGUGCGGGAUGUCACUUUCCAUGUCCUAAAUGUUCCUCUUCAAAGUGUGGCCACGAGUGCAGAAAGAAACAUCGCUUCUUUAGGAUCAAUCGCAAGUGGACUUAUGAUACGAUCGAAAACGAGGGCAGUGACAUCAUAAAGAAAAAUCCAGUACUCAAAGAAACCUAAAUAAACGAGAUUUGUCCUUAAUUUUUUUUCCUUUCUAAUCAACGAACGUUUGUCAGCUUAGUUUUCUACGUAAUACAUCUGUGAUAUCGAGUAAUAAUAAAUAAAUAAAAUGUCUGUAUAUAUUUGUAGAAAAUAAGAAAGUUGUAUAAGAAAGAA